AACUGGGGAGCUGUGAAAGAAGGCUUGAAGAACAGCCAGAUACAAAACUUUCUGUAUUCAGUGGAUAAAUUUGUGGGUACUUUGUCAUCAUCAAGACAGAAUAUAGAAAAUAAAAUUCAGCUCACAAAAGUGGAUAUUGAUAUUUAUGUCAGCAACUUACAGAACCCAUCCGACUACAUAACUGCAGGCAGUAACACAGAAGUCACUGGGAGACUUGAAGAAGUGGUCAUGAUUUGGAUCAAACAGAUCAGACAAGUUUUAGUGGAGAGUGAGCAAAUGAGAAGAGAAGCUGAUGACAUUGGUCCAUCUGCAGAGCUGGAACACUGGAAGACAAGAAUGUCAUCAUUUAACAGCCUUUUAGAUGAGAUCAAGAGUUCAAGAGUAAAGAAAAUUAUAAGUAUUCUUCAGGCAGCAAGAUCAAAGACAUUAAAGCAGUGGAAAGAGCUGGAUGGUAGUAUAACAAUUGCUGCCAAUGAAGCUAAAGACAAUGUGAGAUAUUUAUAUGCAUUGGAUAAAUUUUUUGGUCCACUUGCCAAAGCUUCACCUGUAACAAUGAUGGAACACGUACCCAGUUUAAUGAAUACUGUCUGCAUGAUCUACUGUACAUCACUAUACUACAACACAUCGGAGCGCAUGACAUCUCUUCUUCUAAAAAUCACUAAUCAAAUGAUUAACACAUGCAAGAUGUAUCUAUGUGAGGGUGUUUCAAAAAUCUGGGAUCUAGACAGGCAAGAAUUGCUAAAGAGGAUACAACAAUGCAUUUCCCUCAAAGAACUGUACCAAACAUCCUUUCAGCAAAUUAGGGAGGUGCUGAAGGAGAAUCCAAGUGACAGACAAUUUGAUUUCAGUGAAAACUAUAUAUUUGGAAAAUUUGAUACAUUCUGUAAACGUUUGGAGAAGAUUUCAGACAUGAGCAAUGUUAUGGAAAGCCUUUUAGAGCUCCAGCGUAUAAAAAUAGAAGGCAUUGAAGAGAUCAGUACUCAUUACCAGAGCAUUGCUACAAACACCAAGUCCAAACAGUAUGAUGUUCUGGAUCACAGAAAAAAAGAGUUUGAGAAAGAUUAUCUUGAAUUUAAGAACCAAAUUGCAGCAUUGUAUGAGUCCAUACAAGAAUUUGUGGAUUCCUGGUUUGAGAAGACUGUAACUACUGAACAGAUGCUGGGACUUCUGAUGAAGCUUGAACAAGUAGGAGAAAAUCAUAUUGAUCUUAAUGAGAAGUAUACCAUGGUCCUUCAGCAGUACAGCCAAGACUUAGAGUUUGUUCAAAAACUCUACCAGAAGCAAAAAGAAAAUCCACCUAUACCACGUAACAUACCACCAGUAACAGGGAAGAUUAUGUGGGCUCAGCAGUUAUACAGAAAAAUUGAACAUCCAAUGACAUUCCUGAAAAAGAAAACCACUCUUUUGAAGACACUAGAAAUGAAAAAGGUUGUUAAGAGCUAUAAUAAAAUGGCUGCAGUUCUUCUGGAAUUUGAACUUAUUUAUCAUAGAGCCUGGUGCAGGUUUGCUGACCAGGCUAGAAAUGCUCUGUGUGCUUCCUUACUUGUCAGGCACCCAGAAACCAAGGAAUUACUUGUAAACUUGGACCCGGUGGUCCUGGAAGUACUUUAUGAAACAAAAUACUUGAAAAAAAUGCAUUUUGAGGUUCCAGAUGUUGUCCUUGGCUUGUGUGCAGAUGAAGAACAGAUUAAAAGACAUCAAAUGGAACUCCAGAACCUGUUGAUCAAUUACAAAGAGCGUCUGAAGGGGAUACCUGUUAUGCUGAAACCACUCAUGAAACCAUUCAUAGGACAAGUUGAGGAUGCCCUUACCCCAGGCCUGAUGCAGCUGUCAUGGUCGUCUUUGAACAUUAAUAAAUUUAUUGAGAAUGUUUAUAGUACCCUCAGGGAGUUGGACUAUGUAGUCAAAGAAGUGUCUGAUACCCUGGAAUGCAGAAUUGAAAGAAUUCUGGAGGAUAUGUCGAACACUGCUCUGAUAAUUUUGCCGGAAGAUGAACCUAUAGAUGUGCUUUGUUUCCUGGAACAGACAGAAAAGCUUGCUGUCUCUACUGCUCACAAACUGUCUCAACAGAGUCAGCAAGUGGAAUACUCUGUGUAUGAACUGGUAGAUAUUCUUAAGCACAGGCUGAAAGAUGCCAGAAGAAGUCUGGAGGAUUCAUAUGCCUGUACACAUCUCGACAUGAAACAGAAAACACGCUGCCAAGAAUGCCUGUCCUGUAGUUACUACAAUCUGAUGGGGCAGCUUUGUCAGAAGAAUACUGACUCUUUAGUCAGAUGCACGAAAACUUCUUUAGAGUCCUUAAGGCAUCGAUUGCGUGCUGUUGACUCUAGGUAUCAGAUGACCAAGUUUGUAGAGACACAGAGGGUUCCUUUGUUCAAAGCUGAAUUUCAACUGGCCAUUCCUAAUGUUGUCUUGAAACCAAGUCUUGAAGAUAUUCAGAGUGCUGUAAACAAAGCAGUAAAUAUCAUAUUAUCAAUAGCUAAAGAUAUCCCCCUGUGGAAAUUUGCUUACUUACAUCAUAAACAGCAGCAGAUUGAACAAGCUGUUGCUGUAGAGCUAGGCGAUGAGAGCAAACUCACCAGGAUGGUGGCACUGAAACCUUUAGACAAACAGAUCAUCGAACAUAAGGAUGUAAACAAAAUGGUGAUCCAACUAAACACAAUUAUUUUAUCUCUCAAAACUGAAGCAUCGGAUCUUCUGAACAGCUUUUCUGAAUUUUCAGGCAUCUGGAACAAGGAUCCAGAGGAAAAAGUGAAGGAGUUUAUCGAUACUAAACCAACAACGGCUGAAUUCCAAACUCAAAUCAGAUACUUUUCUCAAUUAGAAAUGCAAAUCAGAGAACUGCCAAAUCACUGCAUACUGGAAUCGGUGGAUAUUGCAACAGAGUCAUUGAAAAUAGCCUUAAUUCAAGAAUGCCACUCAAGACAAAGAACAUUUGGAUUAGCUUUGAAUAAAAAGUCUGCCACAGACAUGGAUGAAAUUUAUUCAUUCAUUGAAAACGUUAGCAAGAGAUUAAGCAGACCUAUCCAUGACCUUGACGAUGUACGGGGAGCAAUGGUAGCACUAAAGGAAAUUCGAGAGAAUGAGAUUAAAAUUGACAUGACAGUUGGACCUAUAGAAGAAUCUUAUUCUGUGCUUCAUAAAUACAAUUUACUCUUUCAAGAUGGAAAUACAGAAAAAGUUGAUGGAUUGGCUUAUGCCUGGAAGAACCUAAUCACACAGGCACUGCAGGUUGAGGACUUGCUGUUGAAGGUACAGCCAGACAUGAAAACAGAUUUACUGAGUGGUGUUCAAAAAUUCCAGAUUGAUACUGCAGAAUUUUACAAAGAUUAUGAUGAAAAGGGCCCCAGUGAGGAGAAUGUUCCUCCCCAUGAAGCAAGUGACAGAUUACAGACCUUUCAAGCCAAAUUUGAUGAACUAUGGAGGAAGUAUAUCUCUCUCUCUAGUGGGGAAGAAUUAUUUGGUCUUCCUAUCACAGAGUAUCCUGAACUGCUCAAAAUUAAACGUGAGCUUUCAUUGCUUCAGAAACUUUACAGUCUUUAUAAUUCAGUCACUGCUAAUAUCGAUGGAUACAAUGAAAUGCUUUGGAAUGAUUUAGAUAUUGAAAAAAUUAAUAAUGAACUUCUGGAUUUCCAGAACAGAAUCCGUAAGUUACCAAAAGCAUUGAAGGAAUGGCAAGCUUUUCAAGACCUAAAAAGAAAAAUUGAUGACUUCACAGAGAGCUGUCCUUUGCUUGAAAUGAUGGCAAACAAAGCAAUGAUGUCACGACACUGGGAAAGAAUUGCACAAGUAACGGGGCAUGACUUUCAUGUUGACUCUGAAAAUUUUGCUUUGAAAAACAUAAUGGAUGCCUCUUUAUUAUCAUAUAAAGAAGAUAUUGAGGAUAUCUGCAUCAGUGCUGUUAAAGAAAAGGAUAUUGAAGCAAAAUUGAAGCACGUCAUCAGUGAAUGGAGUACUCAUGCUUUCAGUUUUGGCCAAUUCAAAACUCGAGGAGAACUCCUUUUGAAAGGAUCAGAUAUAUCGGAGAAAAUAGCUUUGGUGGAAGACAGCCUCAUGAUAUUGGGGUCGCUCAUGAGCAACAGGUAUAAUGCACCAUUUAAGUCCACUAUACAACAGUGGGUUCAGAAGUUGACCAAUACUGCAGAGAUAAUUGAAAACUGGAUUACUGUACAAAACCUCUGGAUUUACCUUGAAGCUGUGUUUGUUGGUGGAGACAUUGCAAAACAGCUACCACAGGAAGCCAGAAGAUUUCAGAACAUUGAUAAAUCAUGGCAGAGAAUUAUGCAGAGAGCCCAUGAAAUGCCAAACAUCGUACAGUGCUGUGUUGGAGAUGAGACUUUGGCACAGCUAUUACCACAUUUGCUGGAACAAUUGGAAAUCUGUCAGAAAUCACUGACUGGGUAUUUGGAAAAAAAACGGUUAAUGUUUCCAAGAUUUUUUUUUGUAUCUGACCCUGCUCUUCUGGAAAUCCUUGGUCAAGCAUCUGAUUCCCACACUAUUCAGGCACAUUUAUUAAGUUUGUUUGACAAUGUUAACCGAGUGGGAUUUCAUGAAAAAAACUACGACCAGAUUUUGUUGUUUGAAUCUCAAGAAGGAGAACGGGUCAAUAUUAUUGAACCAGUUUUAGCUCAGGGCAAUGUGGAAUUCUGGUUAGGUCAGCUGCUGAAUGGGAUUAGGAAAACGAUCCAUACCAUCAUUAGACAGGCAUCAAUGGCCAUUAGCGAUUCAGGAUUUAAGCUGUAUGACUUUCAGGCAAUGUUUCCUGCACAAAUAGGACUUCUGGGAAUACAAGUGAUCUGGACCAGAGAUGCAGAGAAUGCACUGAACAGUACCAAAACAGACAAAAAGGUAAUGCACACAACAAGUCAGAAGUUUUUGGAACUUUUAAAUGAUUUGAUUGACAUGACAACACACAAUCUGACAAGAAUGGAGCGCACAAAAUAUGAAACUUUAAUCACCAUUCAUGUGCACCAGAAGGAUAUCUUUGAUGAUUUGGUCCGUAUGAAUAUUAAAUCUCCAUCUGACUUUGAAUGGCAAAAACAGUCUCGAUUCUAUUUUCUUGAAGACGUGGAUAAAUGCAUUGUCCAAAUCACUGAUGUAGAGUUCACCUACUGCAAUGAAUACUUAGGGUGUACAGACAGGCUUGUUAUAACUCCUUUAACUGACAGGUGUUACAUCACUCUGGCACAGGCGCUGGGCAUGAGUAUGGGUGGUGCACCAGCAGGACCUGCAGGGACAGGGAAAACAGAGACAACUAAAGACAUGGGCAAAUGCCUGGGGAAGUAUGUUGUUGUUUUCAAUUGUUCAGACCAAAUGGACUACAGAGGACUGGGACGUAUCUAUAAAGGUUUAGCCCAGUCAGGUGCAUGGGGUUGCUUUGAUGAAUUUAACCGCAUUGAACUUCCAGUUUUAUCAGUAGCUGCUCAGCAGAUAUAUAUCGUACUUCAGUGUAAGAAAAAUAAGAAACCUCAGUUCAUUUUCACUGAUGGUGAUGUUGUUGACAUGGACAGAGAAUUUGGUAUAUUUCUUACUAUGAACCCUGGCUAUGCGGGACGACAGGAGCUUCCAGAAAAUCUGAAGAUUCAGUUUCGCACAGUUGCUAUGAUGGUGCCUGACCGUAGCAUUAUUAUGCGAGUCAAGCUGGCAAGUGCUGGUUUCCGAGACAACCAAGUCCUUAGCCGAAAAUUCUAUACACUCUACAAACUCUGUGAAGAGCAGUUAUCUAAACAG